AUGUAUAUUUGUGGUCUUCGAUCUGAUCUUAAAGUAUGCACAUCACAAUACUUCCUUUGGUGGCUAGUUCUCCUUCCUCCAGCUCUGGCUCACAUUCGAUCACCGCCAAGUCAAGUGGGUGGACUUUGUAACCUUUUUCAAACUAUUGGUCUCUCUCCCAACGCUGUCAAUCGUGGCUUUUGGCUGGCCGUUCUCUGGUUCAUGGGUCAGGCCUUCUGGCUCCUCUUCGCCUACCUACACGAAAUGGUCGGACCGCCUUAUUGGGAACGCAAGUUAUGGCUUGGCCUUUGGGCGGCCUCUUGUGUCUUCCUUAUGAUCAAUUUGUUCAUUCUAAAGUGUCUAAUGUGUUGGAUGAAAGAUGAAACAUCGGCUAAGGCAGUUUCCAGCAAGCGAGAGGUUGUGGAGAGGAAGGGUCCAACUACUCGCUCUCAGGUUAAACGGGCUGGGAAGGAAGAUGGCAUUAGAAAGCGAAUUAUUGCUUCCUAA